UAGGCUGCGAGCUGAGCUCCCCGAAGCGGCAGCGGCGGCGGCAGCAGCGCGGCUUGGUCUCUGGCCCCUUCACUCCGCGCCUUCUGCAGCCACCACUGCAGCCGCGCGGCGGGGCUCCCUCCCUGCAGCCAGCUGGCGGCCCCAGCCUGGUGCCUUGGCAAAGGAAAAGGGCGCGCGGACACGCGUUCGAGGCGGGGCCGGAGAGGAUCUCCUGGGCACUGCUCGCUCCCUGGCCAGCUAGCUUGCCCACAGUUGCUUCCUCAGUUCUUCGCUCGCGCGCUCAUCCCCUCCCACGCCAGGGAGUAGUUUUGGGUGGCGUGGGCUCCGUCCUUUUCUUGGCUGGUUGGAACCGUGUGCCAAGAGAGGAAGUCUGGUGGGCCCGGCCCCUCCCAGCCCAGCGCCGAUGAGUGCCAGGGCGCCCAAGGAGCUGAGGCUGGCGCUGCCGCCGUGUCUCCUCAACCGGACCUUUGCUUCCCCUAACGCCAGCGGCAGCGGCAACGCGAGUGCCCGGGGACCGGGCGCCGCCGGGGGCGGCGGCGGCACCUGCAUUUCGCAGGUGGGACAGCAGCUCUUCCAGUCCUUCUCCUCCACGCUGGUGCUGAUUGUCCUGGUCACCCUCAUCUUCUGCCUCAUUGUGCUGUCCCUCUCCACCUUCCACAUCCACAAGCGUAGGAUGAAAAAGCGGAAGAUGCAGAGGGCUCAGGAGGAAUAUGAGCGGGAUCACUGCAGCGGCAACCACGGCGGCAGGGGGCUGCCCCAACCAGCUGGCGGCCAGGCCCCAAUCCACGCAAAAGAAACCCGACUGGAGAGGCAGGCCCGGGACUCUGCCUUCUGCGCCCCCUCCGACGCUUCCUCCUCCUCUUCUCCUGGCCUCCCGUGCCAGGGUCCCUGUGCUCCUCCGCCUCCUCCACCGGCCCCCAGCCCGCAAGGAGCACACACAGCCUCCUCCUGUUUGGACACAGCUGGCGAGGGCCUUUUGCAAACGGUGAUACUGUCCUGAUUGUCUGGCCCCUCUACUCUUCCAUUCCUCGUUUCCAGCAUCUUUGCCUUCCUUGCUUUUUUCCCCCCUCCGGCCUUCCUCUUCCACUUUCCUGUGGCCUCCCUCUCCUCUUCCUUCUUUCCUUAUUCGUCUUCCCCUACUCCGUUUCUCCUCCGCCGAGGCACUGUGCGGUAUUUGUAAAUAAAUAUUGGGCGAGGAAAGUCUCGGAAGAAGAAA